CUGGGGGAUCCGUCUGCAAAGUCCAAUUUGGGUACCAAACAACAACCAUGACAGACCUAUUUCCAGCUGGAGCCAGUGCGGUCGAUACUGAAGAUGAAGGAACCCUUGUUGACUUGAACAGCAAGAUUGAAAGCUCCGAGUGCUACGGUAGGAACGAGGCUGCGGGCUUUCCCAUGACCAACCUGUUCAUCGGCGACAGCCGUCUGGGAUGCAAAAGUGACGCUGAUGAGCAAUUGAUUAUUCACGUUGCAUUCAAGGAGUUUGUCAAGAUUCGGUCGAUCAAGCUAACGGAGUACAACAAUGGCAUGGAUCCAGAAUGCAACCCCAGUAAAAUUCACAUCUUUGUUAACCGCACCAAUAUCGGUUUCGAAGAUUGGGAAGACGUCGAUCCGACCCAAACACUACAUUUGACAACGGAGCAACUCAAGGAAUCAGCUGAUCCCAUCAGUCUCAAGUACGUUAAAUAUCAGCGAGUCAAGAACCUGACGUUUUUCAUUGAAGAUAAUCAAGGAGGCGAAGUUAGUGCACUAGGUGGGAUGAAGCUGUUUGGAAAACCAGUCCAAACACCAAAGAUGUCCGACUUCAACAAGUCAAAAGAAGGAAUGUAA